UGCUUGAUAACAACGAUUUACCAAUAUGUACUGAUGCUAACAGCAAUGUUUACACAUGUGUGAGCUCAUCAAUUGAAAGUUUUCGACGAUUAUAUCCCCAGCAUCAAUUAAUCUAUAAUUCAUUACAAUUGGUAUAUGCUCCGCAAAAUAAUCAACUUGAUUUAUCAUACCGUUAUAGCGAUUGUUUUGUUCCACAAAGUAUUAUUUCAAUGCCAGGAACAUGUGCCACAGUUACAGUUACUUCAACAGCAUCACCUGCUGUUACUGGUACCUAUGAUCUUCAUUUCAAUGGAAAUACCUAUAGUCAAAUAUCGGCAGACAUCAGCACACUAGACUUAGCGAAUCGUUUGCAAUCGUCACCAGAUUUUGGAUUUUUGAACAUUACACGUGGAGGGGAUUGUGGCGGUUAUAGUUAUUCAAUCGAAUGGAUGGCUAAUGGGGGCGAUAAACCGGCAAUUACAAUAGCAAAUCAAGCUUUGAGUUCGGGAACAGUUGGUGCGUCAACAGUUCAGAAUGGUGGGGUUAUUUAUCAGCCAUUGUCGGGUGACAUCACACGAAUCUAUCAUACUGUUCCACAGGUAGAUUAUUUCGUUUCAUCAGCAUACUUUUUGCUUAAGCUGAGAUCCAACCGUCGAGACUACAAAGUGGUAGUUUCAGAUUUAUAUUUGCCCAAGUAUUCGAUAACUGUAGCCAUUUACUUGUCUCCGAAAUUGUCUCCAUGUAGCACAAAGAACUUUUUUUACACCAGUUUUCGACGAAACUUCAGAAAUUGUUAAUUGUGAUAAACCACGCCCGAGGUAACAAAUGUCG